GAAGAGGUGACUAAAAUCCUGUCAGGCAUUCCUUUUCCAUUUGGUUUUUAAAGAGCCUUCUAAUUCAGGGGGCCUUUUUCAUCCAAUUAUGAAGGCCUUCAUUGUACUAGCACUCUGCUGUAGUUUUUUCUCUAGCAAAGCCAUUCCUCUUGCAUUUGAGUUUUCGGACUGUGAUGACCCCGACGUCUUUAAAGCUGUUGAUGCAGCACUGAAGAAAUACAAUGGAGACACAGCAACUGGUAACCAAUUUGCUCUAUACGUGGUGAUGGAAGCCAAGAGAACUGCAGGUCCUGACCCACAGUUCUAUGUAAAAUACAGAAUACUUGAGAGCACUUGCACCACUGAGGAGAACAAACACUGGCAACAGUGUCAUUACAAAGUAUCUGCAGAUGCUAAAACAGGAGAAUGCACAGCUCGAGUUCAUAUGAAUGAUGCUGAUAAAACAACUAAUGUUUCACAAGUGUGCAAAAUUUUCUCAGAUGUGUCAAAAAUAAGACUUUCUGAGGCUCCAUGUCUUGGAUGCUUUCAUCAUAUAUCAAGUGAUGGUUCAGAAGUGUCAGAAAUUCUGAAAAAAACCAUUCAAAAGUUUAACAAGCACAGUGAUGAACCUGCCCUUUUUAAGCUUGUGGAAAUAAAAGAAGCUAAGAGACAGGUGGUAGCUGGAUGGAAUUACAUAAUCAGAUAUGAAAUGGAGGAGACUAAUUGCUCCAAAGACCAAUUCCAAGAUUUAACUCCAGAAUGCAAAAUCACUUCUAGGGGUCGUGUAGCUAAAUGUGAGGCCAAAGCGUUUCAGAAUCUUCAGGCAGAGAUUGUGGAUACUGCCAGUGACUGCAAGAUUCCAGUUGAAGAAACGGUAGUUGCUGCCAUCUGCCCAGGUUGUCCAAGGACUAUCCCAAAUGACAGUCCAGAGCUGAAGGAACCACUGAAGGUUUCUAUUGAGAAGUACAAUUUGGAGAGCAAUGAUGAUUUCUACUAUAAAGGUGGAGAAAUACAAUGGGCGACAGUUCAGGUGGUUGCAGGAAAAAAGUAUCAAGUAAAAUUCACAGUCUGGAAGACAAACUGUUCUAAGAGUGAGUUUGAAAAACUUAAUGAAGACUGUACAGCUACAUCAAACAGUGCAUCACUGUCAUGCACUGCACAAAUACACGUGAUUCCAUGGGAGGAUAAAAUCUAUCCCCAGGUGAACUGCACUGAAGAGCAGCAAGGGUCGUUCUUUGCAAGAAGGCCUCCGGGAUUCACACCUUUCCGGAGUGCAACGCAGAUGCUAAGCCAGCCACCUGCACUUUCAUCUGCUGAUAAAAAUGAAGGAGAAAGUCAAAGCCCCAACACAGAAACGAGGAAAGACGGACAGGAACCACAAGGUGAAGAUCGCCCAGAAUCUCCUCGCCCCAGAUGUCCUGGAAAACCAUGGAAACAACUUGUAGACUUUCCAGCCCCUCCUAGCUCUCCCAAAGAAUUCACAAACGAGGAUCUCUUGCCUUCUGCAGCAGAAAACAUCGAUCCAGCUACAGAAAAUGUGGAAGAUUUUGAUCUUACAGAUGCUUUAGCAUAAUUCAAACAUUGUAGGUUCCUUUUCAAAAUGUUACAUAGAAAAUAAGAAGAAUACUGCCUUUUGAAAUGUAUAAAAAAAACGAAGAGGCAAAAGCUCAUAUUCUGUUAACUGUAAUACUCAAGUAGGUCACCAGCACUUCUGGGGACCUAAGACCAUAUGGCAAUACUGUGUAUUUGCAUAUAUUUGCAAAUAUGUAAAUCAAUGUAACUCAUCUGCCUCAAUUUUCUAUAAGCACAAACUGAAUCACUGCAUCAAAUCCUACUGUACUAUAUUUAAAACAAUGGCAGAAAGAAUUUCACAGAUUACAUGAAGAAUCUCAACCAAAUAUGGGUAAAACAGAAGACAAUAUAGAACAAGGGAGCCUCUCUUAGAUAUGUGAAAUAAUUUUUCUCUAAUUUACUGCAGUGGAUCAUUUAAAGAACAAAACAAAACAAAGGAACCUUUUUACCUGCUAAUUUCUUUAAACAAAUAAAUAUUGCCACCAGUCUAUCACUAGUGGUUGUUCUGUUGGAUGAGAUAACAGGGAUAGCUAAAAGAAUCCUAAAUAAAGCAGGUUUAUUAUUCCCUAUAUAUAUUAUGUUAACUACCUACAGAAGCACAUUGAUUAGCAGAUUUUCAUUCAGCAGAGAUACACAAAUACUACAGAUCAGAUGACAAAAUUACAAACUCUUGAGACACCUAAAAUCUGUGUGCCUUCUUCCCUUAUUAGGUUGUGCAUAAUUUUGGGAUUGGACUGAUUUUUCUCUUCUGGGUAUCUUCAAAGGCUGAGUUUUUGGUUCAAUGCAUUAGCUAAAAAACAUCAAAUAUUUCUUGAAAAAUAAAAUAUGUUUUCACUCUGUAUGGAUGC